CAACAAAAACAAAUCGAAAUCAUAAUGAACAAUAAUGAAUAACUUUUUGUUAUAAUUAUUAAUUAUAAGAAAAUGUAGAUAAGCUAAGAGUAGAAAAAUAUUGCAGUUAUUUAAAUGAUCUAGUAUUGUGUUUACAUAAUGAUAUCAGAUUUUGAAAAAGAAAAAGUCUUUUGGACCAGAAAAAUGAACUUGAAUUUAGUGAAAUUCAUAAAAAGCAAGCCAAAUAUUUGGCAUCCAAAGCAUCCCAAAUACACUUCUAGUGAAACUAAAGAUAACACAUAUGCUGAAUUUGCAGCAAAAUAUGGAGAUGCAUUUUCUGGCCAAGCUGUUAAAGAGAGAUGGACAAAUAUUAGAUCAACAUUUGCAAAUUAUUUAAGAAAAGUAAAAUCUAGUUCAGCUGAAAAUGAGGUUUAUAAAGUUAACUGGCACUUGUGGGAACCAUGUCAGUUUUUACUUAAAGUAACGAAAAACUCACACCAUGGGACACUCAAUGUAAAUGAGGAAAUAUCUACAGAGAAUCUAUCAGAUAUAGAAGAACCUGUGAUAGACAGCAAAAGCGAAGAUAACUCUUCAGAAAGCAAUACAGAUUUGAGACUAUCAUGUAGAAAUUUUGCAGAAAACUUGUUAUCCGUAUUUAAAGGAGUUCAAAAUGAUGCUUUUGGUCUUAAUAAUUCAAAAAAUUGGAAAAUUGGAAAAGCUGUUACAGGAAAACUAAGUCAGUUGGACUCUUUAGAAGCUACAAAAAUCUCGAUGAAAAUUAUUGAUGUACUAUGGCUUUAUGAUCAAAAUAACCCAUUGAAUCCCAAUAAUCUUAAGCCAGAAAUGUUUUAAGUUAUGAUUUUAGAACUAAUUAUUUCAGUUGUUUAAAAUUAUAAGAAAAAAUCAUUGUA